AUGUACAGCCGCAGCAGCGCGUGCGACCUUGAGGACGUCCCGCUGGAGGAGGAGGACGACGGCGACAGCGUGGAGUUCCAAAUCCUGGCCUUCUACGCCCGGCACCACGCGUUCAAGGGCAGCCCGGUCCCCCCGGCCAGGCCGCGAGGCCCGGGCCCCGGCGCGGCCGACUCGUGGACGCAGGUGGCGGGGGCCUGGCGGUCCACCCCGCUGGGCGGCAAGAAGCCGUCGUGGCGGAGGCUGUUUGGAGGAGGCCCCGGGCGGGACGAGGACCCCCCGGGCUCCCCGACUUGCGGGGAGAGCCGGGCUCAGGACGGGGCGCACGGUCAGCCGUCCUCGCUGUCCCUGCCCGGCGUGGAGCGGCGUGGGGGGAGUGAAGCCGUGGGCCCUAAGGUGGCCUCCAUUGCCAACCGAGUGGCGGAAAUCGUGUACUCGUGGCCCCCGCCAGAAGACCGGCUGCACCAGGGAGGAAGCCACAAGUUCGAGUUCGCCCCCCAGUGUCUCCGCCUCCAAAGCUUUGGAACAGAAGAAGAUGAGAGAGACGGAGAGGACCCGCUGAUCGGCAGGAUCGUGGCGCUGCUCAAGGCCUCGGGGGACCAGCUGGAAAGGGAGCUGAAGAAGGACAAGGCCUUGCUGAACGGCCUGCGCCAGGCGCUGUCCUACCCCGUGUUCAAGACCAUCACCGACCGGUUCCUGAGCACCGUGGACACCCGCGGGGAGUCGGAGGGGAAGGUGCGGGGCUUCAAGGCGGCCCUGGCCAUCGACGCCAUGGCCAAGCUCACGGCCGUCGACAAUCACCCCAUGAACCGGGUGCUGGGCUUCGGGGCCAAGUACCUGAAAGAUCACUUCUCGCCCUGGGUGCAGCAGCAUGGCGGAUGGGAGAAAGUGCUUGGGCUAGCCCACGAAGAAGUGGACUGAGAAGUGGGAGCAGAAGGCAUAUGAGGC